GGUCAGUUUCCCACGGGCCCUUUAACGCACCCGCGUGACGUGUUUCAGGCUUUGUGCCUCGUUUAAUAUCCUGAAGAAGCUGGAUUUUUAUAGAAACCGAGACCGCAGGAUAUGGACAAACGGUUUUCCACCACACUAGAUGGCAACAGAGGCGAGUGUCUCCUUGGAAGAGCUGCGAGCCCAGAGAAGAAGUGGUGAAAUCGUGUGAGAACAGACGGCUGUCAUGAAGUAACUAGACAACAGCUGAGAGGUUUAAAGGGAUUUCCGACAACAACAGCCGCCGCCGCCGCCGCCAGAGCCCGAGCCCGUCCGCACACAGCGAGGUGGUGCUGCAUUAAGGAGCGCAGGGCAGGAUGGCGGGCGCUGGGGCGAAUGCCUCCGUUAACCCCACCUGUAAGAUUAUGACCUUCCGCCCCACCAUGGAGGAGUUCCGGGACUUCAACCAGUACCUGGUGUACAUGGAGUCGCAGGGAGCUCACCGUGCUGGACUGGCCAAGGUGAUACCGCCGAAGGGAUGGAAGCCGAGGCGUAGCUAUGAUGACAUCGAUGAUGUCAUUAUCCAGGCACCCAUUCAGCAGAUGGUAGCCGGACAAUCAGGGCUUUUCACCCAAUACAACAUUCAGAGAAAAGCGCUCAGUGUGCAGGAGUUUCGCAGACUGGCCAACAGCGACACGUAUUGCACUCCCCGCUACCUGAAUUAUGAGGACCUGGAGAGAAAGUACUGGCGCAAUCUGACCUUCGUGCCACCCAUAUAUGGUGCAGAUGUCAGUGGGACGCUUUAUGAUGAGGGUGUUGAAGAGUGGAAUAUCGGACAUCUGAACUCCAUCCUGGACGUGAUUGAGGAGGAUUGCGGGGUUUCCAUCCAGGGUGUAAACACACCUUACCUAUACUUUGGCAUGUGGAAGACCAGCUUCUCCUGGCACACGGAGGACAUGGACCUCUACAGCAUCAACUACCUGCACUUCGGAGAGCCCAAGUCCUGGUAUGCCAUUCCUCCAGAACAUGGGAAGAGACUGGAGCGAUUAGCUACAGGCUUCUUCCCUAACAGCUUUAAGAGUUGUGAAGCUUUCCUCAGACACAAGAUGACUCUCAUAUCUCCCUCCGUGUUAAAGAAAUAUGGCAUCCCGUUUGAUAAGAUAACUCAAGAGGCAGGAGAGUUCAUGAUCACAUUUCCAUAUGGUUACCAUGCUGGCUUCAACCACGGCUUCAACUGUGCUGAAUCCACCAAUUUUGCCACCGUGCGCUGGAUCGACUAUGGCAAGAUUGCCACUCAGUGCACGUGCAGUAAGGACAUGGUGAAGAUCUCCAUGGACCCGUUUGUGAGGCGUUUCCAGCCAGACCGUUACCAGGCCUGGACCCAAGGCAAAGACCCUUGUGUUCUGGACCACACGCUGGCCACACCCAGCACCACACCUGAGCUGCAGAUGUGGCUUCAAAGACGCCGCAGGCCCAAACCUUCCACCAAAAGCAGUGUCCACUACCCUCGCACGCGCUCCAAACGGCUAAAGACAAUGCAGGAGCAGGUUGUCAUGGCAAACACCUCGUCGGAGGGGGGUCGACGUACAAAGACAGCAUUACCUCAAGGAGAUAAGAAUCAGGAAGAGGCUGACCAGCUGAAAAAAGACCGUAAAGCACAUGGUGCAUUGCAUCUCUCAGGACUUGCUGGUGCGUGUCGACAGAUUUGUGUUGUCAAGGUAACACGAGUUCAGAGCGAUUUAUUGGCCAAGUCGUCUAGGUGUCACAGAGACCCACCGCAAGCCCAGCUUCCUGAUUCUCAACCCAUUCAGCCAGCUCAGUGUGAACCUUCAACCUCUCAGGACACGUCCACAGACGCUGAAUCCACAAAUCCACAGACGUCUGUAGCUGAAGCAGAUGGUCAGGUAUCUCCAAACAAAGCCUUAGAAAUCUGUGUGUCCUCCACUAAGAACGUUCUGGAUGAUCUUUCUGGAUCUACUGCCAUAUCCCCAAAUGGUCAGUCUCCCUCGGAACAUCUUCCCGUUGCCGGAUCGUGUCAGUCUUCUGAAGCUGCACUUGAAGUUAACAGCAAAGUGAGUGCGAGAUCAUCGGGUAAUUCUCUUGAAAGCAAUAAAGGUAAAGUUGUUAAGACGCAUACAGAUUCUAAGCUCCACAGCCCUGCGACAAAAGCACGUUAUAAAGGAAAUCCUUCUUCAGGUCAUGAGCCACAGCGCUCCACGGUUACAGCAGAAAUCCUGGAAUGUGGAGAACGUUCUGGAACUGUGCAUUCCGCUCCUUCCUCCGACAUGCCUCUCCUUACACCAGAGUUUUCAGAGGAGGAAGAGGGACGGAACCCCCCAAACCUGACAUCCGAAAUGCCCUCCUUGACCCUCGCGGUCCAGUCCAGUGAUGACACUCGCCCGUCAGCUGACCCAAACGCUUCCUCAGAGCAGGCCAUCCAGCCAGAAAACUCAGCUCCUGUUGCAAUGGAUGAAGCUGGGACUUGUUCUAAAACACUUUAUCCUGAUUGGUGCUCAUUCCAAGAAAAUAGCAAGUCUUCAAAUGUCUUACAACACUCCACAGUCAGUCAAGCAGGUCUUUAUGGAUGUAGCGUUGAUAACAUUCAGGAUUCAGCGUUAGCAGCUAAUACUCACACACUUUCUCAUGCUAAUCAGUCCGUAGGAUCUCCCAGUACUUCAUCCAGUCAGAACACUCCACAAGCUUCUUUACAUCCUCAAGGGAGCAAUUCUCUGGUCGGUGAAUCCAUUUCUUUUGCUUCCCCGAAUCUGUUUGAGGACACCAAGCCUUUCUCCUCCAACAUCUGGAAGAACUUCAAUUCCCAGAAUCCCGCGGUGCUAAUCGAGAGCCUACAGCCAAGCUUGGCUGAAAGUGACACUCAUGACCAGCUGCCUUACGCCAUGUGGGCAGAGUCUCGCUGUCAGCAGGUCAAAUCCCCCGAGCCUCCAGAUUCUCCGGAGAGGGCCCUGACUUGGGCCAACCUAGAACCCAGUGUGGUGCACCCUCCUGGGGCAGAAAUGGCAGAGCUACCUCUGGAAAGGGCUCCUGAAGAUGAGUUCAGCUCUCAGGGGCCUCAGAGGUUAAAGGGCAAAAGGUUUGAGCGAGAUUCAGAUUCAGGAGAAAGAGAGGACAGUAGCAGUGAGUCCAGUGAAGAAAACAUGAGUGAGACAGAGUGUGGGGCUUCAGGCCUGGAGCCAGGAGAAGUCUGCCCGUACCCCAUGUCUUCAGUAAAGAGAAGGACUGCCAAGAGUUGGCGUCACCCACUAAGGAAGCCAACAGCAAGGGCAGUGCCCAGUGCCGUGAAGCAGCAGGUCACCAGUGAUGAUGAGCCCACAGAGGAAUGUGGUGCUGAGGGAGAGCAGCAGGAGACUGAUGUUUGGGCCAAGCCGCUGGUUCAUUUGUGGCAGAACAGAAAAGCUCACUUCCCCUCUGAGAGAGAGUACAACAGUUCUGCAGCUAAAAUGGCUCCACACUGCUCUGUCUGCACUCUCUUCAUGCCGUACUAUCAGCCUGAGGAGAGGUCGGAUGAAAAUAAGGUUGAGGUGGAGUCGCAGGAAGUGAAGUCACGACCCUUGAUCCCCGAAAUCUGUUUUGCGUACCGUGAGGGCUCUUGCCCCCCAAACACACUGCUCGAGGAGGACGGCUCCAGCCCCCUCGUGGCCUGCAGCCGGUGCUGUGUGCAGGUUCAUGCCAGUUGCUAUGGUGUUGCUGCCCAUGAUGUCAGCCAAGAGUGGAUGUGUGACCGGUGUUCAUGCGGAGACUUAACAGCUGAUUGCUGUUUAUGUAACCUAAGAGGAGGUGCAUUAAAAAGAACAACAGACAACAGAUGGGCCCAUGUGAUGUGUGCUGUGGGACUUCCUGAGGUGAAGUUUGUUGACAUAGUGAAGAGGAGUCCCAUUGAUGUCAGUGCUAUUCCUGCACAGCGAUACAAACUGAAGUGUAUAUAUUGUCGUAACCGCAUGAAGAAGCUGUCUGGGUCGUGUAUUCAGUGUUCCUGUGGCCGUUGUCCCACCUCCUUCCAUGUCACCUGUGCUCACGCAGCCGGUGUCACCAUGGAGCCUGAUGAUUGGCCGUAUGUGGUGUUCAUCACCUGCCACAGGCACCAAUCACGGAGCUCCAGUGCUAAGCUGAAGGUCAGCCGAACAGAGCUGGCUCUGGGUCAAACAGUGAUCACCAAACACAAGAACCUGCGUUACUACAGCUCCCGCGUCACUGAAGUAAUGGCUCAAACCUUUUACGAGGUCAUGUUUGACGACGGCUCAUUCAGCAACGACACCUACCCUGAGGACAUUGUGAGCAGAGACUGUGCCCAGCUUGGACCACCAGAAGUUGGAGAAGCUGUGCAGGUCAAGUGGCCUGAUGGACUUUUCUAUGGUGCCAAAUAUCUGGGCUCCAACACCACGUACAUGUAUCAGGUGGAGUUUGAAGAUGGUUCUCAGGUGCUGGCUAAGAGAGAGGACAUUUACACGCUGGAUGAGGACCUGCCCAAAAAGGUUAAAGGUCGUCUUUCUACAGCCUCCAGCAUGCGUUUUGAAGAUGCUUUCUUCACCACGCAGAGCGAGAGGAAGAGGCAGCGGACGCCAAAUUCUCGCUUCCAGAACGACUACGUCGCCCACCUCAGCCCACGCGCCUGCAGGACGCCCGAAACACGCAACAGCAAAAGCAACUGAGAGAGAGAGAGAUGGGAGUUGAACUGUGGGGGUGUUUUUAGAGAAGUGUAGAGAAAACACUAAAUGAGGGAGUAAUUAAUGAGAGCUCCAACAAACCUGAGAUUUUUGUUUUGUUUUGUUAAUACUGUUAAGAUGGUGUCAGUAAGACCAAAAUAAUUAUCAGGGAUGGCCAAUAUCCCAAAAGUCAGGGACACUUUUUUUUUUUUUUUUUUUUUGACCCCCUCCCCCCGGAGAAAUGGACGAUUGAAAGGAUGCUGAAAUUUCCCUUCUAUAGGAUUGUCUUUUUUUUUUUUUUUUUUCUUUGGGCUCCAAAGCAUUAUUAUUAUUAUUAUUAUUAUUAUUAUUAUAAUUUUUUUUUUUUUUUUUCCUGCACUUUAGGUUGAAGACUAUUUUUGAGAUUGAUUUUCCUGCCUCUUCGGUUUGUAAGCUGUCUUGUGCACUAUUCACAAUCACUAACCCUAUUAAUGUUUGAGGUUAUGAGGAAAAAAAAAGCUAAUUAUGUUAAAAACGAUGUUGCUACUGAUGCCCCCAAAGCACAUUUGGCCAAUGUUUAAUUCAUAUUUGUAUCUUAUUUAUUUGGACUUUGUCUUAUUUUUAGUGUUGCUGAAAGCUGUAAAGAAAAUUAAAGAUAAGUGUUUGCCAUGUGAUUUAAAUACUUCCCCAGAGUUUAUGAGAUGCUUUUUGUGCUCUGUGGUUAUUUUGUUAAUUGGUUGCGAAGAGAACAAAAACAUGAAAAAACAUUCAACUGAAUUUAGUGACCAACCCUUAAAGCAAUUAAAGCAGAGUUAGUGUUUCUGGGGUUCCAAGGUC